AUGGUUUAUCUAACUUCCCUUCUUCUUUUCACAAGCCAUAUCCUACUACUAUCCAACGCCAGAAGUAAUGGUCAAAAUGCCAACCAGAUAUCACUAAUAGCAUUCAACAAUUCCAAAGGUCUCACUCAUAAUUCAUCAUUUGUACUCAACGAUGGACAAAAUGUGACUGUUUUUGAAUACACAGACGAUUCUAGCUCCGAUGGUAGCUCUAGUGAAGGAACAGAUUCAGAUAAUUCCGAUUCUGACUCUGAUACGGAUUUUGAGAUUGCUGUGAAUGACGAUUCAGAUGAUGAAGAUGACAUUGUUUAUGAUUAUUUAGAUGAAUUGGAUGGAAAGAACAAAACAGUUAAAGAUGAAACCAAUGAAGCUAGCGAUGGAGAUAAUCUGACUGAAGAAGAAGACAAUAAUGGUGAUAGUGAUGAUGGUGGCAAUGGUGAGAGUAACGAUGAUGGUCUUGAUGAUGGUCUUGAUGACAGUCUCGAUGACGGUCUCGAUGACGGUCUCGAUGACGGUCUCGAUGACGGUCUCGAUGACGGUCUCGAUGACGGUCUCGAUGACGGUCUUGAUGACGUUCUUGAUGACGGUCCCGAUGAUGAUCCCGAAGAUAGUGAUGAUGGUUAUGACUUCGAAGGCUUUGUAAAGGUUGAUAGGAAUUUUCAAACAGCUCCUGAAAAUGUUGGUACUGUUCAAUUGAAUCCAUGGGAGUCUAUUACACUUGGAAACAAAGCAGAAGCCAAUUCAAAUAAUAAUCAUAAUAAUUCUACAGUAAUAAUCAAUCAGCAAGAGGGGGAUGAACUGGAUGAACUGGAAGCUGGCCUGUAUAACUCAGAGGAAGAUGAAGAUUUUGACUACGAGAGUGACGAGGAAGCAAACCACACAGACGCUACAAUUUCUCAAAGCAGAGUACAGGUCCUGUUCGAUUUCUCAUCAGCAUCUGAUCCCACUCCGAUAUCAACCUAUCCAAGAGAGGAACAAGAAUUGAAAGAUAUAUAUUUUACCACUGAAUCUGUAACUUCUUCACACAUGUUAGAUAACCAUGACCAUAUUACAAAGAAAAUUGACACCACCAAUAUUGCAGAGAGUACAAGCACCACUUUUCCACCUGAAGAAAGAACAUCACACACCAUUCACAAGCCCCCGCCUUCUGAAAUCUUAUCCAUACUACCAGUUGGUCCACCUUCUUCAUGGGUUACUUCAACCUCGCUUCCAAAUAUUUUACCCCCAACUCCUACUUCAGAAGUCAUAGAAGAGACUGAAACGACAAAUAGAAUUAAUCAAAAGAUAAUAACAAAGGUACUUACCACAACUGUGGCUAUUACAAUUAGAACCACAAUUGUUAGUAGUCUUUUGGUACACGCUCCCCGUAAAGCUACAACAACUACUAAAUAUGAUCAACCUACCAAUGUUCAAACUACUGGGUUAAUAGAUGCCUCAGAGAAUUCAAGAAGUUUAGGUCUGACACGUUCAAGGGCUCAGACAAGUGUCAGUAAAGUAUUUUCCUCAGGAAUGACUAACGAGUUAAAUGCACUGCAGAUAUCGUCUAUACUUUAUCCAUCACAGACGGGAACUACUAACGUAGAAUUUCCCCUGAGUACAGAGCAAUUUGCCCUGGACAUAACUUCAAGGCGAACUACUUCAGAAGAUCAGACAAUGGAACCUACCCCAGACUACAAGUCAGUGGACAGUACUACUGCAAAUACAGUGGAAACGGAACCGGAACCGGAAACGGAACCAGAAACGUCAUCAGAAAAGUGGCAUUAUGAAACAUUGAUAGAUGAAACUGAAACUGAGGAGGAGGACACCGACAUUAAUACUGAUGGAGAAGAUUACCUGGAUCUCACCAGUACCUGGAACGACGAGGGUACCACGUCGUCUUCUGGUAUUCAAGUCCCUGAUGCAUACACUGGGGUUGUUGUACCUGAUAGACAGUUCGUAUUGAGAUCAUUGUCAUCUGCGAUCAAAGUAUCAUCAACAAUUGGUAUAGCUAUCUUAUUUAUGUUGAUCUUUUUAAUAAUAUAG